CGAUCGGAAACCGCCUCCCGGCCGGCCGGAGUGGAUCGUACGUCGUCGACCAUGGCCACGCGCCGCAGCAACACGAGCGGCUCCCACGUCCCCUCCUUCCUCUUCCUCGCCCUCCUCUUCCUCGCCUCCCUCCUCGUCGCCGGCGCCAAAGGCCCCGUCGUGGACGUCAAGGCGUCCUGCGCCAAGACGGACGCCCCGAUUUUCUGCACCGCCACCCUGUCGGCGGAGCCGGACAGCAAGACGGCGGACGCGCGCGGGCUGGCGGAGAUCGCCAUCAAGGCCUGCGCCCGGCUCGGCAGCACGGUGGGGAGCUACGCGCGCCGCGAGCUGGACCUGGUCAAGGACAACCCGACGUGGCAGUGCCUGGACGAGUGCGCCGAGGACAUCGAGGACGCGCUCUCGCACAUCGACGACGCCGAGGGCGGCAUUGACGACGCCAAGUUCGACCAGGUCCGCCAGUACCUCGACCUCUCGGAGGAGGACACCUGGUCCUGCGACGAGAGCUGCCGGGAGACGCCGCCCAGCCCGGUCAGGACCGAGCUGCUCCGCAAGAACCAGGAAUUCGAGAAGAUGAUGAACGUUACCCGCAAGCUCAUCAAGCUCGUAGACGUGGGCGCCAAGCCGGCGCCAAAACCCGCUAUCCUGCCAUGAGAUGCAUACAUGAGAUUCACACUACCCCAUCGCUAUAUCAUUCGUGUGAUGAGCAUACAUAUAUAUAUAUAUGUACGUACGCACCCGCAAGUAUUAGCUAUAGGUCGUAAUAAUUGUAUGUAUGGACGUAGUACUUGCUUUAUUCUGCUAUAAAAUGUCUCUUAUCAAUAAAUUAACGGUUUUGCUAGAACUCAUCUAGCUGAGUUUUAGUUACGUCCCAUUCACAUUUUAUAGCCAUUGGAUGUGAUACUAUAAGAUGCGUGUGUGCACAUGGAUUGUGCUACUUUGUUUUUGUUUUUAUUUAUUAAUUAGGUGAAUGAGACUAAAUUAUAUCUCAUCUAGAUGAAUCCCAGGCACUCCCAUAAAUUAAACUAGUUGACGAAUAUCUAUCUAUGUUCUUUUUGACAUGUUUCGAAUAAGAAAUCUCUCUUGUACAUUCUCUGAAAUUGUUACGAAAGAAUUCAAUGAUUCG